CAACGCCAGCGAACGGACGCAAACGCGCUUAGGCCCGAUCCCAAGUUAUAGGAUAAAGAUACAAAGAUACAAGAUACUUAGAUACUUAGUUAAGCUACAACAAAAGAUAAGAUUAUUGAUGAUUGAUUGAUCGCAAACUCGAACUCGAUGUUUAUUAUACAACAAGCAAACAAACAUACAAACUAAAUGUUAUUUUUAUUACUGGCCAAGUGUUAAUUGAUUUUUAAGGAGCUGCCGCAGCGAAUAAAGUUUUCAAGUGCCGCCGCGUUCAACUGAAAAAACAGAAAAUAAGUAAAAAGAAAUCUGCAGUGUUUUUUAUCGUUCGUACUUAUUAAGCAAAUGCAAUAAUGAAGGACUUUGGCAAAAUGUUUGCGCGUCGCUACAGUGCCGUAUGUGUGAGCGACGAGGAAUCCCCUCUGCCAACAACAACAACAACAAAUGCUACUCCUUUAGCUGCUAUUGCCCAAUCAGCCACAUCCUUGCCAGACUCGGAUGCAACUGGAGCUGGAGCUGGAGCUGCGCUGGCGGCUCUGCAACGCGCUCAGCGUCGCAAGAGUCUCAAAGCGAAUCGCUCGAUGAAGCCCAUCGAUAUAUUGGGCAGCUUCUUCAAUGAGCAACAUCAUGGCAAACGCAAUGCUCGAUCACCCACACGUGCCUUUUUGUUGCUGGCCAUUGGAUUUUUGGCCAUAACAACGGCGGUGCUGGUUAAAGUGUUUCAACCCUACGAUUUGAUAUUCAAAUGGAAAUUGGUAAUGGACGAUAAUGGGGAGAUUUUCAACCUUUGGGCCCAGCCACCAGUCGAUUUGUAUAUCAAAAUAUAUCUAUUCAACAUCACCAAUGCCGAAGCGUUUCUCGCCGGUCGCGAAAAGAUGAAAGUGGAGCAAGUUGGUCCCUAUGUCUACAAAGAGCUCAUGACCCAUGAGAAUAUUACGUUCAAUGACAACAACACAAUGUCCACAAAUCCCAGUCAUCCGUUGGUCUGGCAGGAACAUCUUUCCGAAGGACGUCGCGAGGACGACGAAGUCGUCAUGCUUAACAUUGCAAUGCUGGCCAUCUCACAUCUGACUGCCGAAAAGAAUUUCUUUGUGCGUCUCUCGCUGCAAACGCUUUUCACCACCACACAGUCAGAGCCCAUAGUGCGAAUGACAGCCAAGGAGUUCAUGUUUGGCUUCCCAACGCCAUUGGCCACGUUGGGCAACACAUUUCUGCCCAAUUGGAUAUCAUUCGAGAAGGUCGGACUCAUUGAUCGCAUGUAUGACUUCUCAACUGACUUUGAGACGUUCCAUACGGGCGCCGCGAAUCCCUCGAUAUCGGGAUUAUACGACACCUAUAGGGGAGAGAAGACGUUGCCCCAAUGGGAGGGUGAUCAUUGCAGUAACAUCGAGUAUGCCUCCGAUGGCACAAAGUUCAAGAGUUUCAUUCAACCCAACGACUCUGUCAAGUUCUUCCGCAAGAGCAUGUGCAGACCCAUCAAUUUGUAUCGAGUUGGCGAGGAGCGCACAUUUGGCAGCCUGAAGGGAUACGAUUAUGUUUUCGAGGAGAAUGCCUUCGACAAUGGUGCCAUCAAUGAGGACAACAAGUGUUUCUGUCGCCAGGGUGACUGCCAGCCAGUUGGCUUAAUUGACGUCACAGACUGCUAUUAUGGCUUCCCCAUCUCGCUAAGCUAUCCGCACUUUAUGAAUGGUGACGUUGGCCUGGUGGAGAAUGUUACCGGCAUGGAGCCUGAUCCUGCAAAGCACUCAACGGCAUUUGUCAUUCAACCGGAAUCCGGUUUGCCGCUCUCGCUCUCUGUAAAAGUGCAAAUCAACAUGCACUUCAAGGAUAUGCGCAAUUAUGCCUCCGUUGCCCCGUUUAGUCACCUGACAGCGCCCAUGCUCUGGUUCGAAAUUAUGAUGCCCAAGCUGCCCGAUGCACUAGAUACACGCUUCAGUUUCUAUUUGAACAUAUUGCCGUUGGUCGAUCCCAUUGGCUUCUGGGGACCUUUGAUUUUGGGCGUCUGCCUGCUGGUCUAUGCCAUCACACGGGCCACGCUGCAUAUGUCCAGCUUUACGCGCCAGGCCACCAUCUCGGAUGGCAAAUAUGCACGCGCCAAUCUUCUGCAGAAUCUCACGGGCAGCGGCGUCAACAUUGUUGCUGGCAAUCAAGUUUACAGUCCAUGUGAACUGAAACUGCUUGACGAUAUGCCUGGUAGUGGCAAGAAGCAUGUGAUUAUACGAGACAACACUGGCGAUGAAGCCUAUCAGGAGCGUCGUCAGUCCGCUUACGCCUUGGAACUUGAGCCAGCGCUCUCGGACAGCGGCAGCAGCAGCAGCGAUGAGGGAAAUGAGAGCGAUACUGUGACGCUGAGUCGCAACUCGAACACGUCUAGUUCGUGUAUUGAAGUCGAAGCUGGGGACGAUGAUGAUGAUGUGGAUGACAUCUGCAUAGGUUGCUACGAUGACAACGAUUUGGAUGUGGAGCAGUGCACUGCAGCCGCGGGUGGAGGAUCGAAGCAACAGCUGGGCGUUAGUUUGGCCAGCAGCGGCUUUGCUUCGGCAUCUCCAUCGGCGAACAGUUCCAGCUCUCAUGUGAAUGCGAUGUCAGACCGAGAGAAGGGCAGCAAUAGCAGUAGUUGGAUGCCCUACGCACAUCCCGAGCGAUUUGGCGGGACAGAUCGACAGAGAGCAGAGCAGAGACCGUUGGAGCACGUUUAGAAUUAAGUCAGUCAAUGCACCAGUUUACCAUUUUAGAAUAGGUUGUCGGUAUCCAUAAUGAAGAAGAUGUUGAUGAUGGUGUAGUAUGUGCAUAUUUGCAAGUGCUUUCUAUGUAGCAUGCUAGUUCGGUUGGUUUUAUAUAGCAUUUUAUAUAUAAUAGUGUAAAUAAUAUGAAAGCCAUGUGCUGCUUUUAUUACUGUGAUAGCUUUAAAAAUCAAAAAAUGAUGAAAACAUUUAACCGGAUUUUAGUUGUCCCCGCUAAAGAAGAGAAAAACAAAACACAAACAGAAACAGAAACAUACUUGCACACACAUUUAUCCUCUCCUCUGUACAUAGCAAACAACACUAAUUAAUUAGCCCUGACUUAACAAAAAGAAGAAAACAAAAAAAAAAACACUAACUCUAACA